UUGCGCUUAAAUGUUACAAUUCGCAUAGUCAAUUAAAUCAAAUCCAAACAAAGUGGAUGUGUGGUGUUUAAUGUGUCGGACAAGCAAGCUGUGCAGUUUUGUACGCCACGCAUAGUGCAGUAAAAGUGUCGCAGCCGAAUUUGAAUGCACAGACAGACAACAAGAACGAUAACGAAAACCACACACAUAAACCAAACGCAAAUUAAACAAAAAUAACAGAAAUCAAAAGAGCGAGCCAUAAACAAAUCGUGUCCAUAAAAUGAAGUGAGUGCGCUAAUCAAUGCAAAAUGGCCAGCAAUGGGGCUGGUGGCACUGUUGCUGGCGCCGGCAAUGCCGGAGGCUGUGCUGCUGUUACUGGUGUCGCUGGUGGUGCCAUCAAUCACACACACGCCGUCUGCGUCUGGGAAUUUGAGUCGCGCGGCGGCAAAUGGCUGCCAUAUUCACCGGCCGUUUCUCAACACUUGGAACGGGCCCAUGUUAAGAAACUGACCCGCGUUAUGCUGAGCGAUGCAGAUCCCAGCCUGGAGCAGUAUUACGUUAAUGUUCGCACCAUGACCCAAGAGUCCGAUACCGAAUCCGAGGCGGGCCUCCUCACCAUCGGUGUGCGUCGCAUGCUCUACGCCCCCAGCAGUCCCGCCGGCAAGGGCACCAAGUGGGAGUGGUCAGCUGGCAGUGCGGACAGCAACUGCGAUUGGCGGCCAUACAACAUGCAUGUCCAGUGCAUCAUCGAGGAUGCGUGGGCCCGUGGCGAACAAACAUUGGAUCUGUGCAACACAAACAUUAGCCUGCCAUACACGAUCAACUUUUGCAAUUUGACGCAAAUGCGUCAGCCGAGCGGACCAUUGCGUGGCAUACGCCGCACCCAGCAGGCGCCGUAUCCGCUCGUCAAACUGACGCCGCAGCAAGCGCUCCAGUUUAAGGUGACAAGCACUGGUAAUGGACACGACUAUCAUCAUCAUCAGCAUCAGGGGCAGCAACAGCAGCGCAAUAAUACACUGCCCAAAAUGGGUGUGAUGUUGCCACCGAUGCAUCGACAGCAGCAUCCGUUGCCCAUGUCCGUGAACAGCAAUUCGCAUAAUCAUCACCAUCAACAGCAGCAGCAGCAGCAACAACAACAACAACAUCAGCAGCAGCAGCAGCAACAGUUGCAGCAGCAACGCAAACCGCAGAAGAAGCAUAGCGAAAUUUCGACAACAAAUCUACGCCAGAUACUCAACAAUCUAAACAUUUUCGGCAGCAGCACUAAGCACAGCAACAACAACAGCAACAACAGCAGCAAUAGCAAUAAUAGCAACAGCAAUGGCCACAGCAGCAACCACUUGACGGCAGCAACUGGGUCGGGUGGAUCAAGUGUUGCCGGGUCGACGCUGCAUCUGAUGCAGCAUCAUCAUCAUCAUCAUCACCAUCAUCAGCAUCAGCAGGCGCACUUCUCGCACAGCGGCAAAAGCAUGCUGACCUCCUCGAUGAACAGCCAUCAUAGCCGCUGCUCGGAGGGAUCAUUGCAAUCGCAACGGAGCAGCCGGAUGGGUUCGCAUCGUUCGCGAUCGCGAACGCGUGCCUCCGAUACGGAUACGAAUAGCGUUAAAUCGCAUCGACGGCGACCGAGCGUUGACACCGUCUCCACAUAUCUCAGUCAUGAGAGCAAGGAGAGUUUACGCAGUCGCAAUUUUGCCAUAUCAGUGAAUGAUCUGCUCGACUGUUCGCUGGGAAGCGAUGAGGUGUUUGUGCCAUCGUUGCCGCUAUCGUCGCUGGGCGAAAGAGCGCCAGUACCGCCACCGUUGCCCAUGCCGCAUCAUCAGCAGCAACAGCAGCAACAGCAACAACAACAGCAGCAACAGCAGCAACAACAGCAGCAACAGCAGCAACAACAACAGCUACAGCAACAGCAAUCAAUCGCUGGUUCGAUUGUGGGCGUGGACCCGGCCAGCGAUAUGAUAUCGCGUUUUGUAAAGGUCGUUGAGCCGCCCCUCUGGCCGAAUGCCCAGCCCUGCCCCAUGUGCAUGGAAGAGUUGGUGCAUUCAGCACAGAAUCCUGCCAUAUCGUUGAGCCGAUGCCAGCAUUUGAUGCAUCUGCAGUGUCUCAACGGCAUGAUCAUAGCACAACAGAAUGAACUCAAUAAGCAGAACCUGUUCAUUGAGUGCCCCGUUUGUGGCAUUGUGUAUGGCGAGAAGGUUGGCAAUCAGCCCAUUGGCAGCAUGUCGUGGAGCAUCAUUAGCAAGAGUUUGCCCGGCCACGAGGGUCAGAACACCAUACAGAUUGUGUACGACAUUGCAUCGGGCCUGCAAACUGCUGAGCAUCCACAUCCGGGACGCGCCUUCUUUGCCGUUGGAUUUCCGCGCAUCUGCUAUUUGCCGGAUUGUCCGCUCGGCCGGAAAGUGUUGCGCUUCCUGAAGAUCGCCUUCGAUCGCCGGCUGUUGUUCUCGAUUGGACGAUCGGUGACCACCGGUCGCGAGGAUGUCGUCAUUUGGAAUAGUGUCGAUCACAAGACACAGUUCAACAUGUUCCCCGAUCCCACCUAUUUACAGCGCACCAUGCAGCAGCUCGUACAUCUGGGCGUUACGGAUUGAUCUAGUUGCCACCCACACUUAAUCUCAAAGUUCUCGCUCUUCCAUAUGUCCUUUAAUUUUUUUUUUUUUUGUUUGAACAAUCUCAAUGUGUGUGCAAUUUUAUUUGAGUUUUUGUUUUAAUUUAAUUGUAUUACUAUUAUUUUUAUAUUUUUGUGUAUACAUUGUAUGUGUCCGCCAGCGUUCGAGCUGCUCGAACCCUAAAAAACAAAAGCAAAAACAAUCGCAAUCGCAAAUGCAAAUGCAAUUUCCAUUUUGAAUUCUCCAUUUAAUAUGACCUCGACCUGUUCUUCCAAUUUGUAGUCGUUAAGAGUAAUGCAUACAUAUCAUGUAUUG